AUGAACGCCCAAGGCCAACAUCCAUCGAAACAAAAGGUUUCGCGGGAUUCCAUACCUUCGACUGGACUGAGUGUGAUUUAUGAGCCAGAGAGUGACACCCCAAUUGUGGAUAUUGUAAUGGUUCACGGCCUGAAAGGCCACCCCUACAAAACAUGGGAGCAUACCACACCAUCUAAAGGGAGGGUCAAAAAAGUAGCAAGGCCGCAAGAGGAAACGUCCAAACCGAAAGAUUCAAAAAGACUGGAGCUCAGACAAAGCAUCAGGUCUUUAAUGAGUCGAUCAAGAAGGAAGAAUCGUCGAGACAUUAUUGUCUCUGACACUUCGACCAACACUCUUUCUACCAUUGUGGACAGCAACAACAUGUCUGUUUUCUGGCCUACCGAAUUGCUCCCAUUACUAUGUGAAAAGGCCCGGAUACUGACAUUCGGCUAUGAUACGAAGAUAACAAAAUACACUUCGGGUCCAGUCAACACAAAUAGCAUUUUCUCCCAUGGAAAAGACUUCCUAUUUUGCUUGGGACGUUGGCAUGUGCCAGGACGUCGUUUGAUAUUUGUAGCCCAUAGCCUGGGCGGUAUACUGGUGAAGGAGAUGCUUGCUCUGUCUUCUACGUCAAAGACUGCGGAACAUAAGGAUAUUGUCGAAUCAACAGCGGCAAUAAUAUUCCUUGGGACGCCUCAUCGAGGAAGCCCCGAACUCUCGGCAAUAGGGGAGUGGGCGCGGUCUAUACUCAGUACUCUGCAGUUUCAGACUGCAAAGGCAAUGCUAGACGCUCUGGGUCUCAAGACAACUGAUCUACAACGCGCCCACGAGGCGUUCUGUAGAAUUUGGCAGGAUUAUGACUUUCAAGUAAAGACCUUUCAAGAAAGCCUUGGGCUUACCGGGAUCGAUUUGGGUGUAUUAGGAAAUAAAGUCGUGCCUCAUGAGUCUUCUCUAAUUGGAGAUCCAAGAGAGGAAGCAGAGACGUUACAGGCCAAUCACCUACAGAUGUCUCGCUUUAGCGGUGCUGAGGAUCCCAAUUACAUCAAAGUUUCAGGUGAGCUUCGAAGAUUCUACACCGCAAUCGAAAAUACCCCAGUCAACGGCAGCGCAGGGAGACCAGAAUUAAACAGCGGGGUAUCCAAUAUUGGAAGCACUCCGUAUAUUCCAAUGGAUAAGAAAGACUUGGACGUCUUCCUUGGAAUGCUGCAGUUCGAUGGGGUAAACACUCGACGAGAGUCUAUCUUGCCUCCCUCAGCGAAUACUACAGAAUGGCUGUUUCAAAAUCGGACGUAUAACCAAUGGUGCAUAAGUUCCAAGGCAGCCGAUCGCCUCUUGUUCAUCAAAGGAAAGCCAGGGGCCGGCAAGUCCACAUUAAUGAAGAAUGCAGCACGAAAUACACAGGCUAAGACCGUUUCUGACAAUCGUGGUAUCUGUGCGAGCUUCUUCGUUGAUGCUGGAGGACUUUCAUUGCAACAUUCACCGAAAGGAAUUUACCAGUCUUUGCUAUGUCAACUAUUGCCGCUCGAAACGAUAUGGACAGCUUCCCCUGACUCUCCAGCCCUGAGAUCGUUGAGUGACACCAUUCGGACAGCUCCCUUGCAUCCAUCAGCCAUCUCCACUGAGAAUCAGUUGCAAAUUGUCCUCAUGGACACGAUUGAAGUCCUUUCAUCUACCGGCACACCUGUCUGGAUUUUCGUGGAUGCGGUCGAUGAGCUAGGUUCGAUGCAGGGUCAGCAAGUUGAAUUUUGGAGAGUGAUAGUCAUGUCUAAUAAGUUCAAGACUCUGAGGGUAUGCUUGUCUUGUAGGCACUAUCCCAACAUCUCUGUUAACGGUUGGCUGGAGUUGGUCUUGGACAAUUGCAACAGUCUCGAUAUUCUCAUCUACACCCGAGACCGACUUGAAGGUCAUAUCUCACAAUCCGAAGCUCAUUGGAGGAAAUGGCUCGAAAGGAAGAUAACUUUCAUGUCAUCGGGAGUCUUUCUAUGGGUGGUAUUAGUACUGGAUGAAAUUCUCGCCAAGUAUCAUCAGGGCACCAGUCUACGAAUCCUGUAUCGCCACAUCGAAUUGAUGCCGACAGAGCUUGAGGCACUCUACACCAGAAUACUAGGGGAGCUCGCUCCAAGCGAAGGUCAGUUAGCAGAGAGAGUAUUUCAAUGGGUUUUCGGAGCAACUCGACCUUUAAAGCUCAAUGAGUGGCAUCACAUACUAGCUUUUAUGAGACCGUCAAGGCCGCUGUCCCUUCGACAGUGGCGGGAUUCAGACGAUUUCACAGACAGUGAUGAGCAGCUGGAAAGGGAAAUCAAGACCUUGUCAAAAGGUUUGCUCGAAGUCAGCAACAACAAGCUGUCUGAGGUCUCCAACAGCAAUUUUGCAGAGGACUCUUCUGUCAAUGUAGGUGCCGGAUCCCUAGAUCAGGGACAAGGGUCGUCUCGUGUUGUUAGGGCUAUUCACCAAUCGGUAUACGACUUUUUCAUACAUAACCAAGGCUUUGCGCUAUUUGGCUUGGAUAGUACCAACCCUCUUACAGAUUGCCAUUGUACAAUCGCAAACACAUGCCUGAACUACAUCCUUAUUCCAGAGCUAGAUGAAUACGUUAUUGCUCGACAACGUAUCAAUACGGUUAGUGUGACAACAUCCUCGAUGUAUUCAUUCACACCCCAGCAGCCCCAAAAGGCCGGUACUUUAAAACUAAACCACGAGGCUGAAGAUACGAUUGAAGUCCUUGGAGGAACUUUGCCACUGGAUUCAGUUACAAUUGUUGAAAGCUGGUUGGCUAGGGGAGAUAUACCGUCUUACAGAGAAGUUGCGCCAUAUCCUACCAGUUAUUGCGCAUCUCAUGAUUCAGUGGAUAUUGCUUCACAGGCCCUCGAAGACGACCCUGCUCUACUUUUAUAUUCCAUCACCGAAUUACCUUACCAUAUCGACUUGGCUUAUUCAAAUAGCCCGAAUCUAGAUAGCGCUCACCUUCAAUGGAGGCUCAAGGACGAAGCCUUGGGACAGCGUCUUGUAGCACUUCAACAGGACAAGUAUGAAAGAACCAAGACCAUUAAGAUUUUAGCAAGGCUCGCUCUGAACGCGGCGCCACUGGUUCCAAGAACAUAUACGCCGGACCAGUUGGAGAGCCAGCUAAAGGACCAGCCAGAGGAUCGGACAGAGGGCCGGAUAUUGAGCCAGUUAGAGGGCCGGAUAGAGGACCUGCUAAAGCGACGGCAAGGUCCCAGAAGACCAAGGAGUAUCGCAAGUUUUGGCUCUGCGAGCAGCUACAGUAACCACAGCCACAAUUCAUUGCGUCUUUGA